GGCCGGGUCGGGCCGGGCCGGGCGGCAAGAUGUCGGCGUCGGGGGUGCCGGAGCUGAAGCAGAUCAGCCGGGCGGAGGCCAUGCGGCUGGGCCCCGGCUGGAGCCACUCGUGCCACGCCAUGCUGUACGCCGCCAACCCCGGCCAGCUCUUCGGCCGGAUCCCCAUGCGGUUCUCGGUGCUGAUGCAGAUGCGCUUUGAUGGGCUCCUUGGCUUCCCUGGGGGGUUUGUGGAUCGCCGAUACUGGUCCCUGGAAGAUGGUCUAAAUCGGGUACUGGGCUUAGGCUUGGGCUACCUGCGCCUGACGGAAGCCGACUACCUGAGCUCCCACCUGACGGAGGGCCCCCACCGCGUCGUGGCCCAUCUCUACGCCAGGCAGCUGACCCUGGAGGAGCUGCACGCGGUUGAGAUCAGUGCAGUGCACUCCCGGGAUCACGGGCUGGAGGUGCUGGGCCUGGUGCGGGUGCCCCUCUACACCCAGAAGGAUCGGAUGGGCGGCUUCCCCAACUUCCUCAGCAACGCCUUCAUCAGCACCGCCAAGCACCAGCUGCUCUUCGCCCUGAAGAUGCUCAACAUGAUGCCCGAGGAGAAGCUGGCCGAGGCCUUGGCCGCCGCCACCGAGAAACAGAAGAAAGCGCUGGAGCAACAGCAGCAGCGGCAGCAGCAGCAACAGCAGCAGCCUUCUUCCUCGUGAAUCCGUCUCUCCCCCGUCUCGCUUCCGUCUCUCCCCCCUCGUCUCUCCAGAGCCGGCCCGAGCCCCGACCGAGCCGAGGAGAUCUCUUUUCUUCUUUUUCUCCCCCCCCUCCCCCCGACUCCCCCGGCUCCGGGGACCGAGGGGGCCGGAUCCGACUCGCCCCCCUCGGCGGGGUGAGGUUCCGUUACCGAUUUUACCGAGGCCGAGAGGCGGCGCGGUCCGCCCCCUCCCUCCCGCUCCAUCUUCCGUCUCUCAGACUGCGGGCGGCGGAGUCGCGGGCCGGGCCUCUUCCUUCCCACCGGGGCUCGCCCGCCGAUCCCGAGCGGGAGGCGGGGGGGGGGGGGCGGCCGAGAGCCCCGUCGGCUCGCGGAGACCGGACCGGGUCCCCGUCGGGGAUCCUCCCGGGGCCCCGCGCGGGGCGGCCUCGACUCUUCGCGUGAAACCGACGUGGAGGCGCCGCCGUGCCGUCGACCCGGGUUUCGGAUCGAGGGCUCGUGAGACGGGCGGUUGGAGAGCGGCUCCGGGUUUGGCCCGGGGGGACGUCGGAAACGUCCCCGCCCCCCUCCCCUCUCCUCGGCCGAAGGGGAGAGGAGAUGAGGCCAGCGGUUGUGGGGGUGUUCGGGUUGGACGGUGGUUUUUUUUUUUUUGGUUCGUUUGUUUUUGUUUUGUUUUCCCACCUUUCUCUUUUUGGAAGUAUUAGGUUUUCUACUCCUCUGUGUGCGGAACGUGGGUAAGAGUCGUGAGUGACUUGCCCGUGCCCCAGGCCGGUAGUUCCGUCUGAUAGCAGACCCUUUCCUAAGUCCCCAGAAGGUAGGAAGGCAGCGGGCUGGGGUUUAGGUGCAUGGAAUCUGAGGUGAGCUGGAAAGAGAAAAAAAUAAAAUAGCUUCACUGCA